AAGCCUAAAUCCUAAAAAGUUGUCAAUUUGGAAAGAAACGAAAAUAUUAAUAAAGUGGCAAACAAGAUAUGCCAUGCUCGGCGUUAAGGCAAAGCACGCAAUCCAAUGAAUCUAUCUGUUUGUCGUCCGAUCCAGUCAAAUACGUGUGCCAUUCAUCGUGCUGUCGCCGUCCGUGCCACGCCAGAUCAACCGUUGUUCAUUUCUUUUUUAUUUUGUUCCAUUCAUUAAAAUCAUAUUUAAGUUAUUUUAGUUAACCGUUAUUAUUUGAUUGCAAUUGCAAACUACAAAUACAAAAAUCUACGAGGUUUUUUUUUUUUUUGGUUUUUUCUGAUGAUCCAAUGAGAUCAGUAUUGUUCGACGCCUGAAUGAAAAGAAAUGCCAGAAGCUUCUUCAAGGCAUCGGAGCUCAGCUUAUUUCAACGCCCUCACUCAAGAAAUCGAGAAGAAGCUUCAGCGGGCGCUAGCUUCUGCUUCGCAGAGGCGCAACUUGUUACAAGAGUUGUUUGCCGAUGUGGCUUUAGAAAUUGAUGAUCGAGCCAGAGGUGGGACAAAGCUGCAAAAAUAUAAUUCUCAGCAAGGAAGAAGGUAUAAUUUUUCCUGCUGUGGAUGAUGUUGAUGGUCAACUUUGCUUUUAUGAUGUACUUGCUGAUUAUUAUGUUCGGGUGCCUGAGAGUGCAAAUCGUAUCCUUGAUUUGAUUGUCCAGCUGUGGAGCCAGUCAUUUGCAUCUCAUAUUUUCGCCCUCUUGUUCCACAAAUGGCUAUUUGAAGUUCAAAUUAACAGUGAAGUAAUCCUACGAUACUCAUCUGCUCUUGUUCAAGGUGCUACAAAUGUUUUCUGGAUUGACAUCCAGACAAACACAAGGCGUUUCCAAUCUCUUUUUCGGUAUCUUCUUGAGGAAGUUGCUUUGGAGCCCAAACGAAUAAAUAAAAUCCCUGGUCAGGCCCAACGCAAUCUGUAUCUUCUACUUUCAAGGUUUAUACUUUUUUACAACUCAGUUGAUAAACUUGAAAGCUUCUUAAAGCAGUUUCCUGUUUUUCCAAAUGCCUUUUUGGUUGGUAGUCCAGCUGACUUCUUUGCUAUUGAACUGACAGACCAGCUACAAAAGUUGAAGGUGGAGCCAGUCCUCUUGCAUUACCUUUCACAAAUUAAAGCUCUCCAAAGGAUGGAACUGAGAAUGACCACUAGUACAAGGUUAAAGACAUGUUUGUAUAGUUUUACUUCUCCCGGUGGUCCUAUGUAUCCUACAAGAGCUGUUCGUCAUGCAGCCUGGGAGGCUUUGGACUUUCUUUACCCGGUCGGGCAGUACCCUCGGCAUCUGAUAAGUCUUUUUUUUCGACUUCUGUAUCCAUGUUACUGGCCCUCUUCAUGUUGGAACUUUAUAAUGUCCUGCAUAAAGGCUGUAGUAUAUACCUUGCUAAGGUUGGUCUUUUCCCGUUGGGAGAAGGUGAGGGAGCAAAAGAAAUCCUAGAUGCUGUUGCGGGAAUGGUUUCUUUAAGGUUUGAACCGGAUCUGGAGCGCUUAAAAUAUAAAAAAAAAUGUUAGUUGUUUUACGCAAAUGACUGUAUAAUUUGUGGUGUUUUUUUUUUUUUUGGGUCAAAUUUUUGCCUUGUCUUUGUUAUGCGUCACCCCGUUCAUCUUAAUCUUUAAGAGGUAUAGGUCUUUCUGUUUCUUCUAAUUAUGAGACAAUUUGUCCAGAAGACAUUUCUUAGUUAUAAUGCUCUUUUUGGCACUA